CCAGCUGCCCUGAUCAUGAGCCCUUUCCUGCUGCUGGCCCUCCUGGGCAUCACCGUGCCCCGAGUGCAGGCCCUGACCUGCUACUGGGGGACACUGGCGUCUGUGAAGAAUGCAUCGGAACUGCCCCUCCAGUGGACGACUAGCCGGAAGCACUGUGAGGAAGGCUGGAGCUGCCAGGAGGUUCUGAUGCUGAUGGAGAACGGACCCCAAGUGUACGUGGUGCUCAUCAAGGGCUGCACCCAGGCAGCCGAUCACGAGGACCUCAUCACCCAGCACAGGGCAGGCCCCGGCGUGUCCAUCGCCUCCUACACCCGGGUGUGCCGGGAGGACUUGUGCAACCAUCUGUCCACCAGCCUCCCUCUCUGGGCCCCGCACCCACCCACAGCCCUGGGGUCUGUGCGGUGUCCAGUCUGCUUGUCUGCCCAAAGCUGCCGGUCUGCAGCAGAGCUGACCUGCCCCGCCGAGAGCACACACUGCUACAGUGGGCACCUUCUGCUCAGUGCUGGGAACCGCUCCACCCAUCUGAGAGUCCAGGGGUGCAUGUCCCAAGCAGGCUGCAACCUGCUUAAUGGGACUCGGGAAAUCGGGCCCAUCAGUCUGCAGGAGACCUGUGAUUCUGAAGCUAUGCUGACCUGUCAUCGGGGGGUCAUGCUUCGGACUUCUCAAGACCUGACUCAGAAACCUGUCACGUGGUCCGCGAAUACGGAGCAGCUGUGUAAUCGUGGGGAGGUGUGUCAGGAGACGCUUCUGCUCAUAGAUGUAGGACUCAGAUCGCUCCUGGUGGGGAGCAAAGGCUGCAGCAAGGCCAGGACACAGGAUUCCCAGGCUAUCUCCAUACACUCGGGGCCGCCCGGAGUGCUCGUCGCCUCCUUUGCCCGGUUCUGCACUUCCGACAAGUGCAACUCGGCUGCCAGCAGCAGUGUCCUGUUGAACUCCCUCCCUCGUCCAGCUGCCCCUGCCCCGGGAGACCUGCAGUGUCCCACCUGUCUGUCCGUCUUUGGAUCCUGCACACAAAACUCUGAUACUGUGAUGUGUCCUAAGGGCACCAGUCAUUGUUACCAGGGUCACAUUGCUCUCAGGGGAGGUGGGCUGAGCUCCCCAGUGGACAUCCAGGGCUGCGUGGCCCAACCUUCCAGCUCCUUAUUGAACGGUACCCAGAAUAUCGGGGUCUUUUCUGUGAUUGAGGAUCGUGAUGAGGCUACAGUGCCAAAUGGAGCUGCCCCUACCCUAGUGCCAGAUGGAGCUGCCCCUGCCCCCUACCUGGCUUGGGUGGCAGGGCUGGGACUAUCCCUAGCCCUUUGGUGUGGGGCGCCCUCCCUGCUGACCCCAUUUCCCCAUGAUUCUUAGGCCUUGCUGACCCCCUAGCCCAAACCCUCCCUCUGACCUCAUAACUAAAUAGCCUUGGACACGGAAUUAUUUCCCAGUCCUCUACACGAGUUAUCACCCACACCCACCCCACGUACUGUAUGACCUGAUGACAGGGCCUCGGAGCAGCUGAACUUGCCCUGCGGGAGGGUGGACAUUCAAGCAGUGGCCCCGUGUGUGUGUGAUAAUAAAGACAUUGUCCUUUCCCCCAAAUGCUGGGGUUUCCCUACGUGAGGGGAGGGGAGGGUUCCCAGAGAUCUGGCAUGAGGGAGGAGAGGAAUCCGGUGACAGAUUGACCAUCUCAGGCUGUCCUUUACUGAUCUGGUCCACAUCCCCAUUGGACCCCACUGGGCGGCGGCAGAGUCUUCAGCUUGCCGCAAGUAAAAGCAUUUGGGCAUCGCCAUGACUUGGGAGGCGAAGGUGCACCGGGACCAAUGAGGCUUCUAUCCCAGUAGCCAGGGCCUCAGCACCAACAGCGGGCUCACCCCACUUGAAUAACGUAAGGGUCUGUGUGAAGCAGAGAAACAAGAGGCUUUGCACGGUUUCCUGAGGCUGAUAUCAUUGGGGCUGUUAUCAUCCUAGGUCUGAAACACUGAGGAGAAGUCAUGACCGUUACUAGGAUCUGGAGGGGGUGGUGUUUACAGAACGCUGCCUGACAGGAUCUCUGAUCCCAGGCUGAAAACCCAUCCAGCCCACAGCGACACUACAGGGAGGAAUUAAUGCCCCAACCUCACUCAGUGUCCGCCCUCUGGUUUCCUGUUGGGUCUCCCCAUUGACUGAACCCAGCUGGAAGGCAGAAGAUCCCACUGACAGUCCCCACAGCGCAGGGCAGGGGAAGAAGCUGAGAGAGUGAAUUUGAAGAAGGAAACAGAAAGUGUCCAGCACAGUCACCCCUUUCCCUUGUCCCGAUGAAAAUCAGAGUCCUCAAUACAGAAGACACAACUCCCAUCCGUUACCAUAUUGCACCCACAGCGUUAGACAACCAGUUCUUCAUGUACCACAGUGAGAGGAAGAUGGGGAAAAACAGCAUGUAACGAAGAUGAAAAGGUCCUGACUGUGUAGCUGGUGGUGAUCAGAGCUGCCCUCUCCUACCACCCAUUCUACGUUCUCUUACCACCUGCCAACACCUCCUCGGGACAAUUGGUGUGACACAAAUCUUCAUUCUUAAGGGAAGUAAGUGUUCAAUGGUCUUGUCUUUAUUGGCUCUUGGCCACUUUCUGCUGAACAGGGCCACCGGCCAAGGAGAUAUUACCGCCAACGCGUCCCCUGGCUUCCAAACAUAGUCUUCCUUGGUCCAGCAACCCAGCCUCCCUCUGGUGGUCAGGUUCCCUCUGGCCAUCAGCAGAGUGGCCCUCGUCUCUGCCUGUUAUUUCAGCAGCGCAAGGAGCACAAAACGGGGGCAGUCCUGGCUUCCGAUUGAUUAGAGCUCUGAUGGGGUUCCUCACCCACACCAAGCCCAAGGUCACAGAGACCAGGAGCAAAAAUUCUUCAAGCGGGUUGUUAGGUGUACUAGUGGGAGGGGACACUCCCUUAUCCUCCCGAUUCAUGGACCCCUGCAUUCUGGCUCUGGGAGAGGUGACACGAUAGACUGGCCACUGAUUCAAGACAUACAGCAUCUCCUGUGGGGUGGCAGGGUACCUUCUCUCACCCGGUGCCCUCAUCAACCAUCACGGCCAUUCCACCCUUCUGAUAAGUCAACUGUCUCUGUGUAGUGGGGCACCUGGAAGAUCAGUGAGCUCCAUGGAUGGGAGUUAAUUGCCUCACUUCCUUUGCCUUAAAAUAUGUCCUCUAGCUGGAAGCGAUACUUCAGGGGAUACUGUAGCAGUAGAACAGACAUCUUCUAAGUUCCCAAAUGGCAAGGUUGACAGAAGCAUUGGGUACGAGGAAGGCAAAUCAGAACCCACAGUGUGUAUUUAUCCCUGUGGGGAGAGAGCUCAGUCCGCUCGAGGGUGGGGUAUGUCCUGGGUGGUCCUGCUGUAGAAAGACGCCAUAACAGGCUUAGAGUUGGCCUCUGCCUCUGUUGGUUUGGGCACUGAGUACAGUCAACAGCCAGGUCACCUUGGGGAGAGUUAGCCCAUUUGUCGUCACUAUGGGGAGCAGAGGUAGAAGAUAGAUGGGCCCUGGAUAGAGCAGCUGGAGUUUGUCAAGAGGAGUAAAUUUGAACUUUGUUUUCCCUAGACACUCCAAGGACAAAGUUAGUGGCAGGAGUUGAGCUCUGCUGGAGUAAAGAGAUAAGAUGACCACAUCUAUCACUCCUGAGGCCAGGAAAACCUUCCCUGUCUGCACAUGCGCAGGAAGCCUCCUCAGGGUCAAAAAGGGAAGGGGUUCCACCCCAUAAUAAGUGCUGUCAAACCUCUCAUUAGCCUCUGUGCUGGAAUCCAUCUCGCCAAAAAGAUGUGCACGCCUAUUGGGAAGGGUCCCAGGGCAGGUCAGAUGUGGGAAAAGCAGCGAGAUAAUUGGCUAGAGGAGAAAAACGACCCAGAAGAACUGCUCUCUAUAAAUGAUUUAACAACCUCUUUACUGUGUUCUUCCUCAUGAGGGAGGACGCCCACACCCUUUCUCUCCUGAUGUGUAUUUCUGCCUAGCUUCUGUCUUAUAUAAAUAAACUGUUUCUCUGUGUGCUCUCCCA